AUGCCUAGUGGAAGUCUACCGACAGCUCCAGCACCUCAAGAGUCAUCCUCGUCUAAAUCCAAGUCCUUCAAAAAGUACCAGCCUCGUAUCGCCAAGGCGCAGCCACAAUUGCCUGCUGUAGAAGCUUUUCAGCUAGAUUCAAUUGUUGGAGGUCCUUUGAAGGAAGAAGCUCACCAAGUAGUCACUCAGCUUCUCAAUGUCACAUCCAAUUUCCAGAACGAUCUCCGUCUAGAAAUCAGACACAAGCUUUCGAUUGAACAAAGAAUCCAGUUCAAGAAUAUAGAGAUUGCUAAAUUGGCCAACAGUUUAAACAAGAGCAUCAGUCAUAAACAUAAAAAAUUGGUGCGGGCUUUGACAUCGACCUCUGUUGCUCUGGAAGGAAGCCAUGAACCGCCCAAUAUGAUCGACUCUGAGAUCAACGACUUACUCAGAAGUUCUGUAGACGUUUCUGAAAGAAUCACAAGGAUCGCUUCCUCGUUGGCAAAAAUCGACAAAAUCGUGAAUCUGCCUCUGGAUCAAUUGGGAAAUUCCAGAGCAGAAAGUAAGAACAAGUAUCCACACGUUUAUCGCAUAGUUCGCCGUACAGAU